CCCACUGAGAACCUGCGCUGCUCAGUGACAGCUGACGGUCGGGGUGUGAGUGGCUGUGAGAGGCUGUGGAGCUGCUCAGAGCGAGUCCUGACCGCUCACACCUGGUCUCUCGUCUCGACCUUGUGGCGGCCCGGGGGCCAGUGGUGGCCCGGGGGCAGCAAGAUGUGGGCGCUGCUCCCCAUCGCUCUCUGCCUGACCUCUGUCUGUGGCAAGCCGCACUCUCUGCGUUAUUACUACACGGCGAUGUAUAGCAAUAAUACGUUGCCCACCUUCUCCCACGUGGGGAUGUUGGAUGAUGUACAGAUCACGCGCUAUGACAGCGAGAGGCCCCACAACCGUCCCACACAGCCCUGGAUGGGGGAGGCACUGAAGCCCGACGAGUGGGAGAGCGAGACUGUCAAACUGAGCGAGAGACAGAAACUCUACCUGGCCAACGUCAAGAUUGCCAUGCGACGCAGUAACAUCAACACAGGGCUGAACGUGUUCCAGUACAUGUCGGGCUGUCAGCUGCUUGAGGAUGGUUCAGUGCGCGGCUUCCGCAGUUAUGCCUUCAACGGCCGCGACCUGCUGUCUUUUGACAUGGAGACCCUGACCUGGGUGGCGUCCUCGCCCAUCGCCCGCCUCACCAAAGAGAAGUGGGAUCGCAAUGGGCCCGAGAACCUGUACAAGAAGACGUACAGUGAGAGCAUCUGUGUGAACUGGUUACGCAAAUACCUACACCUGCAACAGGAGGCACUGGACAGCACAGUGAAGCCCAAGGUGACAGUGAGAGCCCUUAAGAUGGUGAAUUCCCUCGGGCACCGCCUGGUGUGUCUGGUGACGGGGUUUUACACGCGGGAUGUGCGAGUGACUUGGCGCCACGAGGGACAGGACGUGCCCGAGACCACCAACACCGGCAUUAUCCCCAACCACGACAGCACCUACCAGAUCACCAGCUACCAUGACACCAGCCCCCCCCACUCCAAGGACGCCUACUGCUGCCACGUUCAACACAGCAGUUUUCCAGAGGGGAAAACCGUGGUCUGCAGGGACGCAGUGCUCUGGACACCCGGAAAGAUCGCGGCUCUGUGUGUUUGUGGGGUUUUACUACUCGUCAUCAGCAUUGUCGCUCUCAUUGUGUUUAUAUGGAGAAAGAGAUACAGACUUCGCUCUCUGAGCUGCAAAAACACAGGUUCGGAACAAAGCAGUUCAUCAUCAGGAAGUUCUCAGGAAAGUCUCCCUCCGUUGCAGGAAUUUGACAAGUUGAUGACUUCUCCCGAUGACUCCUCGACCUCCAGCUCCUGUUCCGUGCAACCCUAACCCUCUCCCAGCCCCCCUCUCCCGCAGCCUCCACUCACCACCCCUCCUUCUCCCAGCCUCCUCUCCCCAGUCUCCCCUCUGCCAGUCUCCCAUCUCCCAGACCCCCCCCCUCCCCAGUCUCCCCUCUCCCAGGCC